AUGUCCCCCUUUUCCUUCCGUCGCCCUCGGGAUAUCCCUUCCCCCUCCCGUCGCCUGUCCGCUCUCCCUCCCGUCGCCUUCGCGCUCUCUCUCCCGUCGCCUGUCCGCUCCUCCUCCCCUCGCCUUCGUGCUCUCUCUCCCGUCGCCUUUGCGCUCUCCCUCCCGUCGGCUUCGCGCCCUCCCUCCCGUCUCCUUCGCGCUCUCCCUCCCGUUGCCUAUCCGCCCUCCCUCCCUUCGCCUACGCGCUCUCUCUCCCGUCGCCUGUCCGCUCCUCCUCCCCUCGCCCUCGUGCUCUCUCUCCCGUCGCCUUUGCGCUCUCCCUCCCGUCCGCUUCGCGCCCUCCCUCCCGUCUCCUUCGCGCUCUCCCUCCCAUUGCCUGUCCGCCCUCCCUCCCUUCGCCUUCGCGCUCUCUCUCCCGUCGCAUGUCCGCUCCCCCUCCCCUCGCCUUCGUGCUCUCCCUCCCGUUGCCUGUCCGCCCUCCCUCCCCCUGCCUUCGUGCUUUCCCUCCCGUCGCCUUCGCGCUCUCCCUCCCGUCGGCGCCCUCCCUCCCGUCUCCUUCGCGCUCUCCCUCCUGUUGCCUGUCCGCCCUCCCUACCUUCGCCUUCGCGCUCUCUCUCCCGUCGCCUAUCCGCUCUCCCUCCCAUCGCCUUAGCGCUCUCCCUCCCGUCGCCUUUCUCCUUCCCCACUUCAUCUCCUAUCGCUCACGUUCCGUUGUGA